AUGGAAGGACUCGUGCCGGUUCAGAGAGCUCCGGUUAGAGUGGUUUCAUCUCCUCUGUCUCGAUGUAACGUUUCUUUGUCCAUCAAACGUUCGCUUUCAGGUUUUCCCAUGGACACAAGGAUCAGGUUUAAGGCUCCGUCGAUCCGGGCUCAACAGACGGAUUUGAAGGAAAGCUUAGUUGUUGCUUCUUCUUCAGCUGAAAAUGCUCUUACAAUCAAGGAAUGGGAGGUAGAGAUGUAUCAGAAUGAACUAGCUAUCAGCCAAGGUAUUAGGAUAAGGAGAAAACCACCAAGCAAGGCUCCUUUGGGUUAUUCUGGACCUUUUGACUUGAGAUUGCAUAAUGACAAUGAUGCUGAUUCUCCUCGUAACAUCUUGGAGGAGAUCACUUGGUACAAAGACGUAGAAGUUUCGCGGAUGAAGGAACUAAACCCGCUUAAUUUGCUGAAGAAAGCUGUAGAGGAUGCUCCUCCUACCAGGGAUUUUGUCGGGGCGCUUAUUUUGGCUCAUCAAAGAACUGGCUUCCCUGGUUUGAUCGCUGAGGUUAAGAAGGCUUCUCCAAGUAGAGGAGUCUUAAAAGAGAAUUUCGACCCGGUUGAGAUUGCUCAAGCUUAUGAAAGAGGCGGUGCCGCAUGUCUCAGUGUUUUGACUGACCAGAAAUAUUUCAAGGGAGGCUUUGAAAACUUGGAAGCAAUAAGAAGCGCUGGUGUGAAGUGCCCCCUAUUAUGCAAAGAGUUUGUUGUAGAUCCAUGGCAGAUCUACUAUGCUCGGACUAAAGGCGCUGAUGCAGUAUUGCUUAUUGCUGCUAUAUUGACUGACCUAGAGAUAACCUACUUGCUUGAGAUCUGCAAGAAGCUUGGUUUGGCUGCCCUUGUCGAGGUACACGAUGAGAGAGAGAUGGGCCGUGUGCUUGGAAUAGAAGGGAUCAAGCUUGUGGGGAUCAAUAACCGAAGUCUUGAAACAUUUAAAGUGGACAUUAGUAAUACAAAGAGGCUUCUUGAAGGAGAGCAUGGUAGACAAAUCCGCGAGAAAGACAUGAUCGUGGUUGGCGAAUCCGGUCUGUUUACACCUGAUGACAUUGCCUAUGUACAAGCCGCUGGAGUUAAAGCGGUCUUGGUUGGUGAGUCAAUUGUUAAGCAAAGCGACCCUGAGAAAGGAAUAGCUGGACUUUUCGGGAGGAACAUUUCUCAUGCUUAG